AAAAUUUGUGUCGUAGUAUUUUGCUCUUGUGCUAGAAUUUUCUAGUUUUUCCUGCUUGGAGGUCAGGAAAAGUCAGUACAAACCCUAACAGGCCAGCGCGGAUCAUCGAGUAGUUCUGCCAAUGGCAGAAGACAACCAGCAGGAUGAGACUUCCGACAUAACGUUGUUCGACAUCGCCUGGGAUGAUGUUCUGUACACCAAAGUAUUGCCCCUGCUGUCCCUGCGGGAUCUGUUCAACUUUCGUUGCUGUUCCCGUUUGAGCAAACAGUUCGUGGACGGUGGCUUCCGUCGAAUGAAGGAAAUAAAUCUGUCCGGAAACAAUCAUCGCCACAUUGAACGAGCAUUCCAAGUGCUAGCCCACAACUCGGGCAAUAUCCGGACAGUUAAUUUGGCCAAGUGCAACUGGUUGCAAGAUGCGCUGCUGUGGAACUUCCUGAGGAGCAACACCAAGAUCUCCAAAAUUAAUCUAAGUGAAUGUGCAAACAUAACUUCCGCUUCCCUCCAGCCGAUCAUUAUCGAGUGCAAACAGCUGACGGUGCUGAAAUUGGCUCACUGCGGCUGGCUCACCAUCGGAGCAAUGGAAGCCCUCACUCUACAUCACUCCAAAAUUCAAGAACUGGACAUCUCCUACUGUGGCACGUUGAACGAGCGGUGCAUUCUAGUGUUUUUGCUAAAUUGCCGCCGACUACAUACGCUGUCGCUGGCUUACCUUCCCAGUGUAACGGACAACCUGCUGUAUUCCAUUGCUAAAAAUUCCAAAGAAAUUAAACAUUUGAACGUCAUCGGAUGUCAAAUGAUAACCGACCGGGGCGUGGGGGCACUAUCUCUCUACUGCAAGGGUCUGGAAUCGCUGAUGGUUCGAGACUGUCCAUACAUCACAGAGCGCAGCUUAACCCUUCUACGGGGACGAAUUUUCAUCGACAGGCCUCGGAACUACCAGCAACAGUUGCACGUCGCACCAAAUGUGGCUUUUCCCAGGCUUUUUCUGCAGGUGUAACU